AAAUAGUCAUAAAGAUAUUUGCAAAAAUUUAUAAAGUAAGCACUUGUUGAUAGUGUCUGUCGAAAUAUUCGCAAAGUAGAUGAGAUCAAAUCAAAGAUCAAUACAGGAGGUUUUAUUGUACAAACUCUGUGUCAUUGAUUCUUUUACUAGUUUUCAUAAAUCUACCUUUCUUUAGAGAAUCAAUUUAUUUUUCAUAUAAAGAGCCCCCACCCUAGCUGGGGUAUGAUCCACAGAUUUAUAGCUCAAGAUGUAAGCAGAGGAAUGUAGCUAACCUAGAGACACAACACAAUGACUGUUGUUAGGUUUAUUAGUGUCAGGAAGAACAUUCAGCUAUGAAUAAUACUUUAGAUAAACUGAAGUUUACAAUAUCAAUGUUAUCUUUUGCAAUAUUUUAGAACCAUCAACUUCUGUUUAUUGUUGUUUAACUCAUUUUAUAAGUUUUUUUAAAACUGUUUUGCUUUCUUUCUUUUUUGACUGUUUUUAUUCAAAAGACAUGGAGGAUUUCAGACAGAAAAUUAGAAAUGGUGACGUCGAAGGAAUUCAAAAAUUAGUGAAAAAGGAUCCAACAAUAAUUAAUAAACCUAUUUAUGGAGAUGGAACAACUCCUUUAAUGUUGGCCUGUGAAGAGGGCGCCGAUAGAAGAAUCAUCGACAUUUUGAUAAAAGCUGGUGCGAAGUUAGGAGCGAAAGACAACUGGUUUGGUUGUACAGCUUUGCAUUUGGCUGUUAAGGGGAAUCACCUUCAUGCAGUGGAGAUCUUACUAUCUCGGGGUUGUGACGUUAAUCUUCGAGAUAAAUAUGGUUACACACCGCUGCACUUGGCCUGUUAUCGGGGAAACUUGCACACUGUCGAUCUUUUGUUGGGUCACAAUGGCAUUGAUGCCAAUGUGGUUGCCAACAAUGGAGACACACCACUGCAUAAGGCAGUUCAGAAGCGAGAGUAUAAAGUGGUGUGUGCGAUGCUGAAGCAGGAUUAUGUUCAGUUUGACAUCAAGAACCAUCGGGAAAUGACACCAUUGCUUUUAGCUGUCUCUGAGGGCCACGUCGGAAUGGUGCACCAGCUGAUAGCAAAAGGUGCAGACGUAAAUGUUGUCAAUAAUGAAGGCAACAAUUGUCUGCACCUGGCUGCGAAGACGAAGAGGUUUCAUUCCGAGGUUGAACCUUUAAGUAUUUUAGAUAAGUACUUAAAACAUCUGAAACUGGGAAAGAAAGAAAGGUACUCUGAUGUGGUAGUUGCUUGCUACCUAGCCCACCACGGGGCCAACUUUUACUGUAAAAACAAAAUUGGCAGAACACCAUUGGACCUAAUAGAAAAGGAAAAUUUAAAAAAGACGUUAAAUAUGUUAUUCCCACCGCAAUGUCGCUGGUGUCAAAAGAACAUGGCCACCGUGAGACUGCAACCAUGUGGAGAUCUUGUUCUCUGCGAGAAUUGUUCUUCUGAAAUGACAUUUAAGAGAUGCCCCAUGUGUCGAGGAUACACACUCAGCAAAAGUGAAUUUGCAAGGCCAAUAUUUGAAGACAAAGAGGUCCAGACAGUAGAAGAACCACGUGCUGAGUAUAGAAUGACAUUACAUAAUUGAUUUCUAUAAAUUUUAGCUUUUACUGAGCUAUUUUGGUCAAUAGAAUGACCGAGAACAGGUUCCAAUGUUAUAUUUCAUUUGAAUGCUUAGCUAUAAAGAAAUUCUGUUCUUCUACAACAACACGAAUAUCCAAUAAAUGUACUUUAUGCAAACAUCAGUUACUCAUUCACUCGCAGAACGAAAGAUUCAAAAAUUAAAUAUAAACCCUGAAACGGUUCUCUCCCGUUAAGGAGAAUAUUCGCCCUGUUUGUCAUCUCAUUGUACUCAUUCAUUCUCUCUCUCUCUCAUUCAUGCUCUUUCUCUCCGUCUUUUCAAGAAAGAUGCUGGUUAAAAGUUUCAAUACAAUAAAUGAUAUCAUCUUCAUCUUUUCUCAUCUGCUCUCCAUGCUCCCAUACACUAGGUGGGUCAUCACUGUCCAAGUCAGUUGUAUCUGAAAUUACUGCCAACCGUCAUUUGUUGAGGAAAACAUCUCACUUAAACAUUGCAGCUUUUCUAAGGUGGUAGACCCUUUCUAACCCCAACCACUUUAUAAAGGGUCCUGGGUAUAUUUUAUUGUCGCACAAGCAUUAGAAAUGAUCAUCAAUUUCCCAACAAUAUCAAACGUUCCUUUCAAACUUGUGGUGUCAUCUUUCCUAGUUUCCACCAGCCACUUCCUAGUGUGUUCUGGGAGCAUUUAAUUAUAGCACAAGUAGUAAUCAAGUUGUGUUACAUUCUAUAUAAUUAGACGGUCCUCACUACUCUAUGAUGUUUUAUUUCACUGAAGCUGAUGACAUUUUCAGGAGGUGAGAAGGGAAUGUGAUGACAAAAGAAUCAGGAUGCGGGGAGAGAAAUUUGCAAUACCCCCUCUCCCGGCUGUGGGGUCUUUGUCUUACAUGUCUUUUGGCUAAGUAUGCCAGUACUUGUGCUUUAUACAAAGGGGUCACGUACACUCUGUGGGGUGGUUGGCAUCAAUAAGAGCAUCCUACCGUAGAAAACCAUGCCAAAGAAACCAUCUGGGGCCUGGUGCAGUUGUCUGGCUUGUCAGAUCCUGUCAAGAUUUCCAACCCAUUCCAGCAUGGAAAACAAACUUUGAAUGUUGAUGAUGAUGAUGCUGUCUUCCAGUAACUCAUCAUAAUUCUUUGUCUUAGAUUGUUACAGUAGUUUCCUGUCUGGUAUAAAAUAUUAGCUCAGUAUAAUAAUAUCGAUUGUGAAAACCGGUUCAGUGAUUUUGAUAACAUUCAUAUUGAACAGAGAACAUAU